AUGAUUGAAGCUCAAUCAAAAAUCUAAAAAAUAGUUUAAAAAUAUUCCUACUUCUUAAAUGACAUUAUAGGAGAAGGUUAUUCAUCAUCUGUUUAUAAGGGCAUCAAUUUUUAAACUAAUUAAAUUGUUGCUAUAAAGGUUAUAAAUUUUUCCACAUUAACAACUCCUAUUUCACAAACUCUUUUAAAAAAUGAAAUCGCUAUCUUAAAACAAUUAGAUCAUGUAAAUUUAAUGAAAGUUUACGAGAUUUUUGAAACUAAAAAUAAUACUUAUAUAAUAUGUGAAUAUUGUAAUGAUGGUGAUCUUGCUAAUAUUUUGUAAAAAACCAAUUUUAACUAGAUAGAAAUUCUUAAUAUUUUUCUUCAAAUAGCUAAGGGUAUUAAAGCUUUACAUGAUCAAAGUAUAUUCUCUUAAUUCUAUAAUAUUUUUAGAAAUCAUCCACAGAGAUAUAAAACCUGCAAACAUUCUGAGAUCUGAUGGAAUUUACAAACUUUCUGAUUUUGGAUUUGCAAUUAUUGAAAAUGAUUUUGAGAGUAUUAUAAAAAGAUUUAGCGUUGGAACUCCAGUUUAUAUGGCACCUGAAUCAGUUCAGUUAAAUUGUUAUUCAGAAAAAUCAGAUAUUUGGUCUUUAGGUGUACUUCUUUACUUUAUGGUAUAUAAAGAAAUUCCUUUUAAUUUUAAAAAGGAUGGAGAUUUAUAUAGUAAAUCAUAAUAAAUCAACUCUAAAAUUAUGAAUGAUAAAUCAUUGAUUAAAAAAAUUUAGGAUAUUCUUAUAGGUAUGUUAGAAUUGGAUUAAUAAAAACGAUCAAGUAUAGAUGAAAUUCUGUCUAUAUUAAAUUAAUAGAAAAAAUUGAAAUUUAAUAAUUAACAUAAGCUUAUUCCGUGUAAGAUCUUACGUAGAUCAAGUGGUUAUGAUUAAAUUCAUGAUAAUUCUCAAAAUGAUAAUUUUGGAAAUUUACAAAAAAUUUUAAAAACCUUACCUGAUGAAUUGCCAGAAAUUGAUGAAACUAAAGAACCUAUCUCAUUCCGUAAUAAUAACAAAUAGUCUACAUAAAAGUUUAAUUAAAUUUAAUCAAAUCAAUUAUUUAAUGGUAAACAAUAAUUUGAGUCAUCACCUUAAGAAAUUAAAGAUAAAUCAAAAAAAUAAAUUCGAAUUGUUAAUCCUACAUAUUAGUCAAUUUACAUAACAAAGUUAAAUCCUUAAUAAAAUCAAUAACCAUCUGAAAAUAGUGAUACACAUUAACAUAGUAAUCCAAAUAGUACUAAUGAUACAAUUAAAAAUUAUUAGAUUUCAAAUUGUUAAUCUCAGAAUAAGGUUAGUUCUAAUUCUCCAUUAUUUCCUAAAACAAGUAUAAAUUACAAAUAAGAAGCUCCUCCAACCCAAAUUAAUUAAUGUCUAAGAAAUUUAUUUGUUUCACCAUUAAGAUAAAGAAAAAGUCCUACAGUGUGUUCUUUAUCAGAUUUAAAAAAUUUAUCGAUAAAACAAAAUUAAAUUCUAUCAAAAAGAGGAGAUUAUCUUAAAUAAAGAACUAAAACUGAUAUAUCGGUUAAUAAGUUAACGGAUUUAGAAUAAUAGAACUAAGAAAAGGAUUAAGAAAAAUAAAAAUAAAAAACUCUACUUGAUUCUUUAGCAGCAACAAUAAGACCAACAUAUAAAUUUUUGAUAUUUUUAAAUUCAGUUUUAAAAAAAUUUGACUCUAAUGAUACUGAAGAUAAACAAAAAUGCUAUUUUUUAUUAAGAAAGUUUUUAGCAGUAAAAGCUUUUGCAAUUAAAAAUUAUUGUCCCUCUUAAAUAUAAGAUGAUUUAUAACAUUGGAUUCUUAACUUUGAAUAAUAUUUUGAAAAAGUUGGAUGUGUAUUUUACAAUCAUCAUGAUAAAAAGUUGAGUCAAUAUUUUAAUAAUAAUUUAGAACAAUUUACAAAAGGUUUUUCUUAAUUAAUGUAUAAUUACUUAUAAGUAGUGAAUUAAUAGUUAUUAUCUAAAGAACUACAAAUUAUUUAGGAAGUAAUCUAUGAUAACUUAAAGUAAUAUAAUCAUCCUAUUUUAUUUGCUAGAAGAUGGGAGAAUGAUUAAUAAUGA